UAAUAGAAGAGUCUAAGGCAGAAGGAUCCCAAGUUUGUGGCCAGCCUGGGCUAUAUGGAGAAUCUCUGUCUUCAAAACAUCAUCAACAACAACAACAACAACAAAAACCCUCCAGGUUGUGUCUCUCCGACUCCCGCCUCUCUGGAACUCUUCCAUUGGAAUGCUAAUUUGAACAGCACGCAAGAGUCGGAGUGUGCAAUCUCCAGCUAACAAAUUCCACGUUAGAGUUAACGACAGAGUAACCGAAGCACAGCGGAGGAAACAGCUCUCCGGAGGCAGAAGGGUCAGCUACCCUGAGAACACAUCUAAACCUGGAAAAAAACAUUCCGGAAGGAGGCACAGCAUAAACGCACAGGCUAAGCACAGGCGGGCUGCAAAAUGCGAGUUACUCUGCUAGCUUGAACUUAGGGGCGGGGGAACAGGACUGCCAGUACAAGAACUAAAGUAUCCAAACAGGGAAGCACUCUUAUUUCAAGAUCUCUAAGAAGAGGUAGAAAAUAGUUAAUAUGGAACCAAAAGCUUGUGAAUCAAAUAAUGAAGAUCUUUUACCAAGUGGCAUCGCAUCCAAUGGAGGUUCUUCAAGCCCGUUUUUUGUGUCUUCUAUUCGUGGUACAGUAGUUGAAAAUCCAUCUUCAACUGGGACUUUAACACAAAUGCCUUAUUUCCCUAAAUAUGAAGUGGAACUUGAUUCUCAUAGAAAGGUCAUCCCUUAUCCUGGGAAAGAGCACAUCGAACGUGUUUUGGAAGAAUAUUCACAUCAAGUUAAAGACUUGCAGAAAAGACUAAACGAAAGCAAUGAAUUACAUGAGAAACAAAAGUUUUACUUAAGACAGUCAGUCAUUGAUUUGCAAACGAAACUUCAAGAAAUGCAAAUGGAGAGAGAUGCCAUGGCUGACAUCAGACGAAGGGAGAGUCAGUCCCAGGAGGAUUUAAGAAAUCAGCUUCAAAAUACAGUUCAUGAGCUUGAGACUGCCAAGCGCCUCAAGGAGGACAUGUUGAAAGACAGCAGCACACAGAUCGAGCAGCUAAGAAAAAUGAUGCUUAGCCACGAAGGUGUGCUUCAGGAAAUCCGAUCAAUCUUAGUUGACUUUGAAGAAGCCUCAGGCAAGAAAAUAUGUGAACACGACAGCAUGUCUACCAUGCACUUCCGCAGCCUGGGCUCAGCUAUUAGUAAAAUCCUAAGAGAAUUAGACACAGAAAUCUCUUAUCUUAAAGGGAGGAUAUUUCCAGUAGAGGAUCAGCUUGAAACACUGAAAUCUGAAUCACAGAGCAAAAUAGAACUAUUACUUCAACAACAUCAAGAUCGGAUUGAGCAACUGAUCAGUGAACAUGAAGUCGAAAUAACAGGACUUACGGAGAAAGCCAGUAGUGCUCGCAGCCAGGCCAACAGUAUCCAGAGUCAAAUGGAAAUCAUUCAAGAACAAGCAAGGAACCAGAACUCCAUGUACAUGCGCCAGCUCAGUGAGUUGGAGUCUACUGUUUCUCAGCUUCGUUCUGAGCUGAGGGAAGCCAAGAGGAUGUAUGAAGAUAAGAUAGAAGAGCUGGAGAAGCAGUUAGUCCUGGCCAAUUCAGAGCUCACCGAGGCGCGCACAGAGCGGGACCAGUUCAGUCAGGAGUCCGGAAAUCUGGAUGACCAACUCCAAAAGCUGCUGGCAGAUCUACACAAGAGGGAGAAGGAGCUGAGUCUGGAGAAGGAGCAGAACAAACGCCUAUGGGACCGAGACACCGGCAACAGCAUCACCAUCGACCACCUGCGGCGGGAGCUGGAUGACAGGAACAUGGAGGUGCAGCGGCUGGAGGCCCUGCUCAAGGCCAUGAAGAGCGAGUGUCAGGGCCAGAUGGAGCGGCAGAUGGCAGCCAUUCAGGGAAAGAAUGAGAGCCUGGAGAAAGUGUCCUCCCUCACUGCACAGCUUGAGUCCACCAAGGAGAUGCUGCGCAAGGUGGUGGAAGAGCUGACGGCCAAGAAGAUGACCCUUGAGAGCUCUGAGAGGACGGUGUCCGACCUGACAGCCUCCCUCCAGGAGAAGGAACGAGCCAUCGAGGCCACCAAUGCAGAGAUCACUAAGCUCCGCUCGCGGGUGGACUUGAAGUUACAGGAGCUUCAACACCUGAAGAAUGAGGGGGACCACCUCAGAAAUGUGCAGACGGAGUGUGAGGCGAUCAAACUCCAGAUGGCGGAGAAGGACAAGGUCAUCGAGAUCUUGCGGCAGCAGAUUGAGAACAUGACGCAGCUGGUUGGCCAGCAUGGGCGAACUGCGGGCGCUAUGCAGGUGGAGAAGGCUCAGCUGGAGAAGGAGAUCAAUGACCGGAAGCUGGAGCUGCAGGAGUUUAAGAUUUUAAAAGAUAAAAAAGAUGCAAAGAUCCGGGAACUUGAAGCCAGAAUGAGUGACCUAGAACUGGAAAAGGUGAAGCUGGUCAAUGCAGGCUCAGAGCGGCUCCGGGCAGUGAAGGACAUCCGACAAGAGAGAGAUCAGCUCUUGAACGAGGUGAAGACCAGCAGGACUGAACUAAACAGUCUCUCAGAGGACUAUGAAGUCUUGAAGAGGAAUUUCCGAAACAAAAGUGAAGAAAUGGAAACCACUACAAACAAACUAAAGAUGCAGCUGAAGUCUGCCCAGUCCGAGCUGGAGCAGACAAGGAACACGCUGAAGACCAUGGAAGGCUCUGACGGCCACGCCAUGAAGGUGGCAAUGGGCAUGCAGAAGCAAAUCACAGCCAAGAGGGGUCAGAUAGAUGCCCUGCAGAGCAAGGUGCAGUUUCUAGAAGAGGCCGUAACAAGUGCCAACAAGGUGAGUCUCUGUCCUGAGAAACCAGCAAAGUUGCUUGUUAACUCACUAUACGGCAGAAGAGGACGCGGUGCAGGAAGUGCAGCUGGGGAGAAAUCUCUGAUGGAGAGAAUGAGGGAGAAACACUUUUUGAAAGAAGAGAAGAGUAAGCUCAGCCAGGAGCUGAGUACCGUAGCAACAGAGAAAAACAAGAUGGCCGGGGAGCUGGAAGUGCUGCGGUCUCAGGAACGGCGCUUGAAGGAGAAGGUUGCGAACAUGGAGGUCGCUCUUGACAAGGCGUCUUUGCAGUUUGCAGAAUGCCAGGACAUCAUACAGCGCCAGGAGCAAGAAUCCGUGCGUCUAAAGCUUCAGCACACUCUGGAUGUGAAAGAACUUCAGGGCCCUGGAUACACCUCUAAUCCUUCAAUGAAACCUCGCCUUCUCCAGCCGGCAUCCGUAGCUCGGUCUCAUUCUAAUGUACCAUCCUCUCAGUCUACGGCCAGCUUCCUGUCUCAUCACUCCAUGAAAAACAACACCCUGAAGGAAGACCCCACGAGGGACCUGAAACAGCUUCUCCAGGAGCUGAGAAGUGUGAUCAAUGAGGAGCCGGCCAUGCCUCUGAGCAAGACGGAGGAGGACGGAAGGACGGCGUCCCUUGGAGCGCUAGAUGAUAGAGUCAGAGACUGCAUCACGGAAUCGAGCCUGAGAUCAGAACUCUGCCACAGAAGUAACAAUUCCUUGAGGGAAUCCACUGAAGGCAGCAAAUCCAGCGAAACUCUUAGCAGAGAGCCGGUCACACUGCACACAGGAGACCUGGAAGAUCCGUCCAGCUGCUUCACAUUCACGUCUACAGCAAGUCCAUCUGUGAAGAUUUCAGCCUCCCGGUCAUUCAAUUCUUCUCCUAAGAAGUCUCCAGUGCACUCCCUCCUGACUAGUUCUGCCGAGGAGUCAGUAGGCUCCACAUCUCAGUAUCGCUCCACCAAAACUAUUCACUCACCCAACUCUACAAAAGUCUCCGUCACUAGAAACAACAGGAAAAACUUGCCGAAAACUGCAGAACAGACUGGAAAGUUUGCAAACCCUGGUAGAAGAUUUACAGCUGAAGAACCAAGCAAUGUCUUCAAUGAUCAGAAAUCAAGAAAAGAGAAUUCAGAAAGUGAAAGACCAGGAAAAAAUGUUACUAAAAUGACACAUUGCUUGCCCGCUCUCUACAGAGGGCUAACACCCGAUUAAUUGUGAUGUUACUUAUAAUUAGUGCCCUGUGGACUUUUUCUUUUUAUGUGAAAAUUUAAUAAAAGAUACCCUGUCCUGUAAA